UUGUUAGGUGGAGGAUGAAAAUCCACACCCCUUUCGGUAUCUACACGGCAUCGUACCGGAACGCUAAGUCGCUUGGCGGUACGUCUUUGCUGGUAGGGUGGUAACUAGCCACGGCCGAAGCCUCCCACCAGCCAGACCUGGGCAAAUUAAGAAAAUCUCAAUCUGCCCAGCCGGGGAUCGAACCCAGGACCUCCGUUUUGUAAAUCCACCGCGCAUACCACUGCGCCACGGAGGCAGUCACUCAAAAACUAAUGAGUUUUUUCGGGAUUUCCCGCUCGUGUAUUGGGGCCCCCCAACUAACUUUGAUACAGGGCCCCUUCAAGGCAAGCUACGCUACUGAUCAAAAGGCUUAACAGUUACCACCCACGUUAUAAUUCACAUGUUAACAAUGUCGAAAAACAUAUGACUUAGCAAAAAGUAUUAUAAAUAUAUAUAGAUAUACCUACAUAAUACAUAUAUUUGUUUAUGUUUAUACAAUUAUUAUUGCGAUCUAGUUAUCACUUGUUGAGAUAGUACAAUAACAUACAAGUAACGGUGAUAUGACAAUUUCAAAUUAUCAUACGCUUAGUGCGUCGGACCCGAGUAGAGUGUAACUAAUUCUUGCUUUUGCAGGACACUUGAAUUCCUAUUUUACACUCAUAACAACAUUUUACACACACCUAAAACCACUUUUUUUUACUAGUUUUGCGACUUUGGUGGUUAAUCUCUGUUAUUGUGAAUUAAACUGUGGAAUAAAUCAUUAAAGGAUUGCAAUUCACUAUAUUUUCUACCAAAUGAGGGUAGUUGGAUCAAGAGCAAAGAUUUGUAUUUUUGUAUGUAAUGUUGUUGAUUAAAUUCAAAAACUCAGGAGUAUUUUGCGUUUCCAUCAUCAACUACAAAAUCAUUAAGGUUAGUAAUCUUAAAUUUUAUUUUUGAAAAUGUCACAUGUAGUAGAAGUAUCGCUAAUUUGACGGUCAUAUAUCGAUUUGUACCUCCUGGCUAGAAAAGCUUCAAGCACUUGAGUUUGUAAAUCGAAUCUGUCUCAGUGGUGAAGCAGGAGGAGGAAGCGAGCAGGCGCGCUUUGUUUAUUUUAGUACCAUGCGGUUGCCCUUAAAUCCUUCUCGGAUUUAACCGCGCAAUAUCACUGAUUUAUAAUAAUUAUUUUUAUUGUCACCCUAAUUUACGAUAUUAAGAUAAAAAGUCAAAUGUACUUUUAUAUAUGCACCUCCAAAUGCGACGUGCCUAAAUAUAAAGCAUCACCGCGCUAUAUUAUUCAUCUAUUAAAGAUGGCAAUACAUUUAGUUUUAUUGAUUUUCAUCGGUGUAUUAUGUUUUUUAUAUUACUUCCUUUUUAAAAACCUUAACUACUGGAAAAUAAGAAAUGUUCCAUACGUAAAGCCAUUGCCCUUGUUCGGUAACUAUAAAGAAUUUCUUUUGUUGCAAAAACACAUGAGUGUUAUUGUGCAAAAAAUGUGCCAGCAGUUCCCUGGUGAACCGUACUUUGGCUCCUUUUAUGGUACGAGUCCUGCACUUAUUAUUCAGGAUCCAAAUUUGUUGAAACUCGUGAUGGCAAAGGAUUUUUACUACUUCAGUGGCAGAGAAAUGUCGGAUCACACUACAAAAGAAAAGCUCAACAAGCACUUAUUUUUGGCCCAUGGUGACAAAUGGAAAGUGUUACGCACAAACCUUAGUCCUCUUUUUUCUUCCUCGAAAUUAAAAAACACAUUCGUUUCCAUAAGCAAUUUUUCAGAUACAUUAGAGAGCUUACUUGCUAAAGAAGUAAAAAAAGGUUCAAGUUUCGAUGUCAAAAAUUUUCUUUCAAGAUACACGAUAGACUGCAUCACGGAGUUUGCUUUUGGAAUUAGUUCUGAUACUAUGAAACAGGAUGUAUCCAGAAAUCCAUUUAAGAAAAUGGGAGACAAAGUAUUUGAUACUUCAGACGACAAAAUACUCAGAACUAUCUGCCGUACGAUGUGGCCGGGAUUAUUUUAUGCUUUAGGUUUUAAACUAUUUGAAGAUGACAUGUAUACUUUUUUUGAUAAUUUAAUGACUGAAGUGUUCCAACAACGCAAAGAAACGAAUACUUCAAAGAGCGACUUUGUCGAUCGUCUUGCAAAAUGGAAAAUAGACAAUUACAUAACUGGCGAGAGCUUGAUUACGGCAUUAACUGGUGACAAAGAGAAUGUGAGCAUCAAUGUUGACAAUGAGUUACUUGUCGCCCAAUGUUUCAUGAUGUUUGCUGCCGGAUUCGCAACUACGGCAACGUCUUUAAGUUUUCUUCUAUAUGAAUUAGCAAAAGAUAAGAUAGUUCAAGAAAAAGUAAUACAAGAGGUAGACGAAUAUUUUACUAAGCACAAAAAUAUUGCAUAUGAGUGCACAUACACCAUGCCAUAUACCGCGUCAUGUUUAGACGAAAGCCUUCGGCUGUAUCCCGUGCUAGGUGUCAUAACCCGAGAGGUUAUACACGAGUACACUUUACCAACUAGCCUCUGUUUAAAAAGGGGUGAUCGAAUACACAUACCCGUGUAUCAUAUUCAUCACAAUCCCGAUUAUUUCCCAGAGCCGGAAGUAUUUCGUCCUGAACGAUUCUUUGGUGACGAGAAGAAAAAUAUUAUGCCGUAUACUUAUAUGCCAUUCGGCGAAGGGCGAAGGAUGUGUUUAGGUAAUAUAUUAUGACGUUUUUU